AUGGAGCGUCUGAAGUUAGUCCUGCAGUACUUCCAGUCCAACUCUGAGUCAAUCUCCAAUGGGAUCUGUAUCAUCCUGGCCUUAGUCAGUGUCAAGCUCUACACCAGCUUUGACUUUAACUGCCCAUGCCUUCCUCAGUAUAACAAACUGUACUCUCUGGGAGUGAUGAUCGUCCCACCCAUCAUACUGUUCUUCCUGGGGGUCUUGGUUAACCGACAUACAGGCGUCAUGAUGGAUGAGUGGAUGAGACCCAUUGGCAACAGAUCCAAAAAUCCUGCUGUGGUUAAGUACCUGUUCUCCGCCAUGAUCCAGAGGGCCCUGCUGGCGCCAAUGGUGUGGAUCCUGGUCACAUUGUUGGAUGGAAAGAUCUUCAUUUGUGCCUUCAGUGUUAGUGUAGACCCUGCACUCUUCUCAGGUUUGCCCAACAAUACAGGUCUGGAUGUGAUUAAAAUCAUGGCCAAAGUGCCCUGCAAGGAGGAUGUCAUCUUCAGGAACAGCUCUUUCCGCAAAGCAGUCUCUCGCUAUGUUCGCUGCUAUUCACAAGCAGUCGGUUGGUCCAUCCUCCUCUUCCUGAUUGUACUAGGAGCAAUGGGACGUCUCAUCAAGCCCUGUUUUGACGAUCAUGCCACCUUCUUGCAGACUCGUUACUGGAGCAACUACCUCGACGUGGAACAGAAGCUCUUUGAUGAAACUUGUGUACUGCAUGCCCGUGAUUUUGCCCGCAAAUGUGUGGUGCAGUUCUUUGAAGACAUGAGAGAGGAUACUGUACUCCAUCUGCCCCACCCACCUUUCAUUGCAAACUCCCAAGAGGAAUGGGAGGAGGAAGAAGAGGAGAGACUUCAUGGGAUAUCAAAGCAGGACCAAAUGGACCAGUUGCUCAGUAAGUGGUACUACAGUAAACCUGAACUGGACGUCACCAGGAUCGCCCACAGACCUAGGACCUGUGUGACCUGGGAGGACCACGAUGGGAAGACUUUGUACUCUGAUGUCUAG